CGACCGCCCUCCGGUCCGGCCACACAGCCUCCGCGUCUCGUAUAGAUCCUCCGCGCGGGACCAGUGCGACCUACGAGCUCUACGGGAUCGCUCGCCCGUAGCAGUACACCGUGUAGCAACUCGUUCGUACCGUUACUCCGCGUGACUCGUUCGUAGCUGUAAAAGCAAUCACGUAUUUAAAUGCUUCUGUGUUCUAACCAGACUGAUGUUUCGAUAGAAAUGCACCUGUGGAACCAAUAACUUUUAUAUUUAUGUGUCUUUUAUACAUACUUUGUUGGCGUUGGUGGAUAUAAAAAUAAAAGAUGAUUCAAAUCGAUGAUUUUAAACGACCUUCCCCAUCACCGUCACGUUGCUCUGUGCGAAGUGACAGUAGAGUGCUCCGUCAACCGAGGGUCAUCCAGGUAAACCGAGAUGUCGCAACCAUGAUGGAUGAUCAAGCGAACUGUAUACCUCGAAACGAAACAGAACCAAUAAUGAUAUCUGACUUUGAACCUGAGCAUACCCCGCAUUCUUCAAACUUUCGAUCGAGGACAUUCAGUGACGGCUUCAUAAGGAAUACAAGCCUUGAACUCUUACUUGGUGUCGAUUGCGAGGCUUGUCUCGCGCUAGCCGCCCAGAGACAAUGUUAUAAUAAUCACAUAUCAGAACGUGACUUUGACUUAGCUUGUAAUUGUAAUAUGCAACAAAAUAACUAUCUGAACUGCCAUCGUGACGUCACGAAACAACGGGGCCAUACGCUGAGUAUUUACGACAUGGAAAGAAUGAAAAGAGACGCGGGCCGGAAUAACUUAAUAAAUGGAACGCAUUGCAGCUUAGACAGGAAACAGAUUAAAAGCAAAAAUGUUUCCAACUACAUUUCAAAGCAAUUUAUAUCGUAUGAUCAAACGAGCACCCUCGUACAGAAAAUAAAAAAGAAGUUGUCGAAUUUGAAAAGAAUCGGGGGAGACGCGAUGGCGAAAAAACCUCAGAACGCGGUGCAGUUGGCCGAGAUAAGUGCCGGCUCCGCCAACUCACUGAGGAAACUGUCGAUGUUAUCGCUCGUCGAUAAGACGCAGCGGAGGACGAAUAGUCAAAGUUGUGUAUAUUCUUCGACAAGCUUGCAUUCCAAGACAGAUUAUAAAGAUAACAUUAAUACUUACGCGAAUUUCUCUAACGUUGACCAGUGCUUUGAUCGACUACGUGAUUGUAAUAGCGACUUGUGUAAACCACAGAAGAACACUAACAUAAGAACGUUGAAUAGAAAUGAUGAAAGCGUAACGAGAAAUUCGUCGUCGAUAAAAUUUUCUACUCUCGACAAUAGAAGUAGAUGUAGGGGAAUAAGACGGCAAAUGUCUUAUAAUGAUUUUGCAUCGGAACGAUUCCCUGAUAGAGUAUCGGAAGCAUGGUCGCCAGAAGACAAAACUCUGGGAUCGGGUAACACUCGAAAUAACAUUAUAUCGGAAAAUGGACAGCCGUUUAUGGAGACCGACAGAAAUAUAGGAAACGGCCAUAGACCCGUUCAUGCACAGUGUACGUGUGACACCGGGAGGACGCAGAAGAUUCCCUCUAUUUUCUUCGACACACAUGGUAAGAAGAAAGUCCCUGCGCCUGACGUUACGAGUCGUGGUCAAGACGUCUCCUGCAGUGCCUGCAAGUCAGCGCAGUGGCUUCCAACCACCACCGCUUCGACCACGAGCCACAGUUCAACUGCCACGGGAAACUCUUCACGUUUGUCAGGAUGGCAACGACGUUGGUGCUGCGUAGCAGUUCUUGUGCUAGUAGCCGGUACAGCAUGCGUAGCUGGACCACUAGCGCUACGAGCACCACCCGGUGCGCCUCUACACGAACGUCUACGCCUCGCCAAACAACUGCUACACGACACGCCACUUAUCGACGGACACAACGACCUGCCGUGGAACAUCAGAAAAUUCUUACAUAACAGAAUUAAAGAUUUCAGAUUUGACGAAGACCUGCGAACUAUAUCGCCGUGGGCGACAAGCUCGUGGAGUCACACUGAUUUGCCUCGAUUGAAGCAAGGUCGAGUGGCUGCCCAAUUCUGGGCGGCGUACGUGCCCUGCGACUCCCAGCACAAGGACGCUGUUCAACUUACCUUUGAACAAAUAGAUUUGAUACAGCGACUGACGGACAAGUACCACCCUGAACUUACCUUCUGUACGUCUGCCGAUGAUAUUUUGGCGGCGCACGCUAAUCACCGCGUAUGUUCUCUUGUGGGAGUUGAAGGCGGUCACGCUAUCGGAGGAUCACUUGGAGUUUUAAGGACCUUGUAUCAAGUGGGGGUUCGGUAUUUAACCCUAACGUCCUCUUGUGACACCCCCUGGGCCGAGUGUGCCUCGACAGAUCGACCUGAACCUCUCAAAGGAGGUCUUACAUCGUUUGGUAAGGUUGUUAUCAAGGAGAUGAACAGACUGGGUAUGCUUGUGGAUUUAUCUCACGUAUCUGAACGUACAAUGCGAGAUGCCCUAGCUGUCUCCAGAGCUCCUGUAUUAUUUUCGCAUUCAUCAGCACGAUCACUCUGCAACGUGACCCGAAAUGUACCUGACUCUGUACUUCGAUUACUGGCCGCAAACAAAGGUCUAAUUAUGGUGAACUUUUAUACAUCCUUUCUCACCUGCGGAACGUCAGCCACAGUACAGGAUGCUAUAGCACAUAUAAAUCACAUACGGGAUGUCGCUGGCGUGGAUUACGUAGGACUGGGUGCUGGAUAUGACGGAAUUAAUUACACUCCCCAAGGACUGGAGGACGUAUCAUCGUACCCACUAUUAUUCGCUGAGCUAAUGGAAGCUGGAUGGAAUAUGGAAGAGCUUAAGAAACUAGCUGGACUUAAUCUUCUUCGCGUGUUGAGUGCAGCAGAGAGAGUGUCUAAGGACCUUGCUUCGGCCCACGUAGCCCCGUACGAGGAUGUGGCACCUCGCACAUUGGAUUCCCUUAACUGUUCUAGUCAAGAUCUUUAAUAAUUUAUUAAAUCGAUUAAGAAUUGUAUUUAACCUUUUACGACCUGGGGGCCAUAAUACACGGUAAGUUUGUGAAUUAACAAAUACACCUUAGCGUUAAGCAACGCAUAAUAAUUUGAUCUGUCGGUAAUACAUUACGUCAGUAAAACGUGUAUAGUUAUACGGUCAGCCCGGGUCAAAUUAUAAAUCUUAACUAUCCAGGGACCCUUUUUUAUCAGAACGUGUUAAUGAGGUUACACACGUAUAUACAGAUAUUAUUAUUGUUAAUGUAAUAAUGUUGUCACUUAGUACGGGUGGCAAUUAUUACUCUGUAACUGGCAAUCCUGAUUUCAAUAUUGGGUACCGCGCGAGGUUGCGACAUCGCUAUCCUUAGCGAUUGAGAGAGCCACAUCAAAAUUGCCUCCAAACGUUGGGUUCUCCAUCGCUAUUGGAAGUUAUACGGUAUCGACGCUGAUUCGCAAGCUCAAUCGUUCUGCGAAUCAAAGUUACUACGCUCAAACAGGAUUAUAUUUCAAAGGGAAACUAUUGUAUCGGAAAAGGAACGUGUAUUAGAUCAAAGAGAUUUUAAUGUAUAUACUAGAUUUUGGAGUGAGGAAAGCCAAUCAUUUAUUUGUCUACCUUAUUAACAAUAAUGAAAUCUUAUUCAAAUGUUUUACGUACCACACAUUAGAGCAUGGUAUUUACUUCAGAUUACAGUUGCAUUAAGAUUAUUUUACAGAAAGAGAACACGGUAAGAUUAAGAAUUAGCAAAGGCAAGGGUACUGAGAAACGAGAUUUAGUGCUAAGUAUGACUCCGGUAUGUCAAAAAGUGAUUGCGUUUUGACUUACGGCAGUCAUAGUUCAUCUUAAAUCUCGAUUUUGAAUCUUACCCUAACAGUGAAUCUAUUGGUUUAUCUCAGUAAAUGAAAAGUAAUCAUUAAAUAAGCAGUCCUGAUAUUAGUCCUUGCUUUUGUCUCAAAAUACAUGUAAAUAACGUGUUUGGAAGUUUUCCUAAUGACCGCUCUAUGCUGGAUUAGUUAAAUCUCUUUUGGGAGCGUAACGUAAAAUUUCCCAGUAUUUGUACCGUACUAAAAUUAUUUAGCUUUGAUAGCGGUCGCGCUAAAAAGGUCUCUCGUGGAUCGCAGUACUGAAAGUGUCAAAUGUGUUAAGACUUUUCGUAAUACUGUUGUAUUAAGUGUAGAUGUUAGAUUAAUAAAUCCCAAGCUUUAAUAUUGUAAUGUAUGAAAUCCAUAGCUUUAUCCCGUUUUUGAAAAUGCAUAAUGUCUAAGUCAAAUUAUUAUAGUGUUUAAUCGUAGAUUGGCGUAGAUUUUAAAUGUUUUAUAUAAUAUUCGAACUUGUUAUAUAUAUAUUUUACAAUUAGGCUUUCUCAAAGAAGGCUUUAUUAACAAACACUAAUCAAAAAAACAUCACAGAUUUUAUUUAAUAUUUAUAACCAUAAACUACUGAAUAUUUAUUUAUGGCAACAAAAAUAAAUUUGACAAUUAUUUGAAUUUCGAUUUAAACAGGAAAAAAUAUAUCAAUUAAGUUAGAUUACCUACACCUUUACAUAAAGGCGUUAUCAAUGACCAAUAAUUCGAUAGUUUGUGAUUAUUGACUACAUUUACUGACGAAUAAUAUUUAAAUAGUAAGUAUUAACUAAUAUUAUUAUGAAUUUUAUGAUAACUGGUACAUAAUAUGUCUAUAUAUAGAUAAAACAAU